AUGGCGAACUCAUCUCAACUCUCCGACUCAUCCACCUCCGCUUCGCCUCCGGCUGAGGCCAAAAGAUUACUUCUUACUAUGGGGCCUUGCGGAGUAAGAGGCUGCCAGUGUACCUUCGGAGAAAUAAUCAAGCCGUAUGUGAACCUACGACAUGAUUUGAUAAACGAACUGAUUCUCCGUCUGGAACGCUACCACUUGAUCAGAAUCAACGGGACCCCUGCAUCGGGGAAGACAACAACAAUGAAGCUGAUGGCCAAUGAGUUACUCAAGCGCUAUCCUGAUACUCCUUUGUAUAUUCUAUCAGGUUGGCCAGAGAGACAGGUUCGGGCAGCAGGAGGCUGGGUACGCUAUUUUCAGCAACAACUCAACAUCUGCAUCUCCGGGGAUGAACUGGAAGCAUAUCCAAGUUUUAUCCUUCUCGACGAGGCACAAGAAUCAUAUUGGGAUACUGACCUAUGGGUUCAACUCUUCAAGUCGAUUGAGAAAACAGUCUCAGUCAAUUUUGUUCUUUUUACAUGCUACGGCUCAGGGAAGGUCCAUGGCGGCGGAGGUCGGAAUCUUCCUACUCAGACGCCUAUGAAUUUCCAACUCUAUCAGCAGAUAUCGCUGAGGCCGGAAGAAGGGAUCUACCACCAUUCUGGGCGGAAGGAAGUUGGUUUGCUUCUGAAUGAGGACGAAGCAUACAAAGUCCUUGACCAAUAUGUGCCGAGCAACAUGUCAAAUGGUGCAGAUAUACUAACAAAAGAACUGAAAAGGGGAUUAUAUCUGGCCAGUGGGGGACAUGCGGGGCUGCUUGUAUCACUUGUGGAUGCCCUGGAGCAACUGCCGGAGCUUUAUACUUUGAUCCAAAAAUGCCAACCACUGGACUGGGUGACAGCAAGCCAAAGUCUUUUUAGCAAUGACCAACGAUUGUUCCAAAUCCUUCAGUAUCUCCCGUUUGCUCGAGGCCUUCCCAGACAAGAAUCCGUCCAACAACACGCUUUUGCUAGUGUUUUCAAGAAUGCUGUUUCUCACAACGGGACUCUCCAAUCUAGUUAUAUCAACGACCCAGAUCAACAAAGGGCCUUGGACGAUAUCUGGAAACAAGGAUGGCUUCAUGCGGAGACGGUACCGAGAGAUACACUUUAUGUGUUUCCCAGCCAGAUUCAUCGAUGGUAUUGCCAGUGCCUUUUCUCUCCGGUACACUCGGAAAAGGAAUUGACUUAUUCGUCACCCCUUGAGAUGGCUAUUGAUGCUAUCCGCAAAUUUGACCCAUGCCAGCUAUCAGGCCGUCUACGCACACUGAACGGUGAUUCCGUACCUAUCGAAGACCAGUACCAAAAAGAAUUCUACCGCUGUCUUUUCCCACUGCUGCUCGAGUACCAGAUCAAAAUGGCUCCGGAAUACCUGAUCAAAACGGGCGUUAGGAGCGGAAGAAUCGAUUUUCUGAUUGAGCAGAAGAAGUGGGGGCUGGAAUUACUAAGAAACAGCGAUCGUAUCAGACAAUAUAUGCAACGGUUUGAGGAAGAUGGUCAGUAUUUUACAAUGAUCAAGAAAAGGCUGAUAGAAGAUUACGUUGUUCUAAAUUCUACUCGGAAUGCGCCGCAGAAGGGCUAUCCAGAAUAUCGCGGUCAUCUAUACCAUGUGGUCUUUACGAACGAUUUUCGGAUUGUUCGGAUCAUCGAUGCCUCGGAUCUGACGGAAGUCAGUCCCCUUGUUCUAGUAGAGAACCCACACUUUCUCCGCUAG